AUGGACACACCGGGCUGCCCGGCCUUCCCCCCGCCUCGCCGGCCCGGGGCUCCCCCGGGGCUCCCCCGGCCUCCCUCCGCCUUCGCGCUCGGCGCUCCGGGGCCCCACCGGCGGCCGCCGCCGCUCAGCCCCCGGCCCGGCCGCUGCCCGCGGUACCCGGGGGUGCCCAGCCCGGGCCCGCCCGCCGUGGCCGUGCAUGGGAAGCCGCUGUACCCGCCCGGGGCUGCAGGUGAGAAGGGCUGCAAAGGUGGGUUCCAGGCCAUUCCCACAGCCUGCAGGGUCCCCCCAAAAGCCCCGGAGGACUUGGGGUGCCCAUUGGCAGCACCCCUGGGCAGCCUCAGGGAUUAUGGCAUCCCCGAGCUCCCCGAGCCCCUGGGCAAGAGCAAGAGCAAGAAGAGGAGGAACAGGACGACCUUCAGCACGUUCCAGCUGGAGGAGCUGGAGAAGGUUUUCCAGAAGACACAUUAUCCUGAUGUGUACGCCCGGGAGCAGCUGGCACUGCGCACGGACCUGACGGAGGCCAGGGUGCAGGUUUGGUUCCAGAACCGCCGGGCCAAGUGGCGGAAACGGGAACGCUACGGGAAAAUCCAGGAGCUGCAGAACAACCUGUGGCCGAGCCCUGGGAGCCCCCCGGGGCUGCUGCCCCCCGAGCCCAUCCCGUCGCCCUGCAUGUCCCCGUACCCCCCCGCUGCCAGCAAUGGCUUCGUGGGCAUCCCUGCAUCCCCGGGCAUCAACAGCCUGUACCCCCUGCCCGGGCUGCCCCCCCCGGGGCUCCCCCACCCCUUCGAGCCCGCCCAGCACGAGUACAAAGCGCCCCCGCUGGUGCCGCUGAGGAUGAAGAGCAAAGAGGGCGCCGGGAGCCUCCUGAGCUGGGCCACAUGAUGCCAAGGGGAUGGACGCGGAGCCUUCAUCCCGCCGGAGUGAAUCCCCCACCCCAGAGAGGGGAGCGGGCUGUGGGGUCACCUUCACCCCCUCCCUGCACCCCCCGAGCUUCCCCUGCAUCCACCCCGCUGAGAGGGGCCAGGGGGAGGAAAAAGAGGGGUCCCCAAAGCCAGGGGCAGCUCGGAAAUGGCUCCCCCAAUUUCCUGAGCCCUCCCAGCAUUUUCAGGAUUGUGCUUGAAGGAGAUUCCCGGUGCUUUCCCCACCCCACCACCGUGUGCGCCCCCUGCCAGCCCUGGGUGGGGCUGUGGAGCACCAGGGCAGCACUUUUGGGGGCAAUUCUCCCUUCCCCAGCUGAAAUUUGAGGGAAAUUCUCCCCUCCCCAGCUGAAAUUUGAGGGAAAUUCUCCCUUCCCCAGCUGAAAUGUGAGGGAAAUUCUCCCUUCCCCAGCUAAAAUGUGAGGGAAAUUCUCCCUUCCCCAGCUGAAAUGUGAGGGAAAUUCUCCCCUCCCCAGCUGAAAUUUGGCCGCUCACCCCCUGCCCAGCACAACCAGCAAGGGCAGAAAUUGGGCUCUUCCCCUCCCAGUCCCAUACUGGGAAGAUCCCAGGGAUGGGUCAGGCUGUGGGGUCUCCUUCACCCCCUCUAUGUAGCCCCUGCAUCCAGCACUGCCCUCACCCCAAUGAGGGGCCAGGGGGAGGAAAAAGAGGGGUCCCCAAAGCCAGGGGGAAGCUCGGAAAUGGCUCCCCCAAUUUCCUGAGCCCUCCCAGCACCUUCAGGGAUUGGGUUUGAUGGAGCUUUCCUCACCCCUCGUGUGUGCCCCUGGGUGGGGCUGUGGAGCACCAGGGCAGCACUUUUGGGGACAAUUCUCCCCUCCCCAGCUGAAAUUUGGCCGCUCACCCCCUGCCCAGCACAACCAGCAAUGGCAGAAAUUGGGCUCUUCCUCUCCCAGUCCCAUACUGGGAAGACUGGGCUGGGACAGCUCCUGGUACUGGGUGUUACUGGGAGCAGGGCCAAAGCCCCCCCAGAGCAUCACAGCUCGUUCUGCUCCCUCUUGGAGGGGAAAUAAAGCCCUGGCACAAUAAAAUCCCAAAUUAAGGCUGUUCCUUGGAGGAGUCACCCUGUUCCCCCUAGGAAGGAGUUUUAAUCCCAGCAGUGGAACCCAGUAAUUCCCAGUGGAACCCAGUAAUUCCCAGUGGGAACCCUCCCAGGAUUGGGAUGGGUUGGGGCACAAAUGGGCAAUUUGGGUGAGGGGUUUCUGCAUUUUGCAGGGUUACAGGUGGUACCUGCAAGGGCGGUAAUGAGGGGGCACCUCAUCUGUUCUGGGGGUCCCCAAGUCCCCCCAAGAGCCAGCAUGUCCUGUCCCCCCCUUCACCCACUGUGACCUCUCCCACUGCAGGAAACACCAAAAAUGAAGCCAGGAAUGUCCCAGCUCACCCCAGCACCAGGGACACUCUGGGGCCAAACUCCCUCCAUGCCCAACCUGCAAUGCCCCCCUGCCCCACAUCCUGAGACAGGGGGGACACCCCUGGGGGGCACCUGGAUCCCCUCAGGAAGGCACCAAAUCUGCUGUUUCAGCCCAAUCUGGAGAAGCCCAAGGUUUUCAGGCAAGCCCUGGGCACAGUGGGUGCCAGCCCAGGGCUGCCCACCCUCAGCCAGGACAUCUGACACCCCCUCCCAACGGUGGGCAUUGUGUUAUUCAUUUCUAAACAAUAAACCACAUUUUUCAUAAGUGAAUUAUGGCUCCAGCAGCCCUAUAAAGCCAGGGGGGGUGGGGAUGGAGACUUCCAACAGGCUCCUCAGGCCUGUUCUGGUGCUGGGAAUGGGUUUGGGGGCAGGAUGGUGCUGGAGGUGGGUGCCAGAGGUGGGUACAGCCAUGGC